AUGGAGAUCCGCGUCCAUGUGUCCGCCCCGAGCAGCGUCGGCGAUGAUGCGCGACACCGCGCCCGGAUUGCGGCCAUCCUGGCCUUCCAGCCGGCCUCCCAGCUGCUGGUGACGGCAGACACCCGCCAUAGCCGACUCGCCUUCGACUCGACGCAGUCGCCCGUGACAGCUGCACCGGCAACGUCUGUCCCAGUCGCGCUGCUAGAGCCAGACGCCCUCACGGUCUCGGGCUCGACCUCCUCGUCUACUCACUCGCCUCACCCCUGCUUCCCUGCAGCUGCAGAUGGGGGCAUCCCCGAUGUGGAAGGCCAAGCCGUGUUGCCUCGCUCGGGCCAUGACACUGGUCCAGCCCCCGAUCCUCAGCGGAUCCUUAGCCCUGGACCCUCGACCGCGAUCGGGCCCGGCGCCAGUGCCCCGGCGUCCUUAGAUCGUCCUCGGCCGGCGUCCGCGCGUCGGCCGCGUCCGGAAUCUCCCCAUUCUCUGGACAGCCUGGUCAGCGUUAUUCCUGACUCGCAGCCCUCCUGUCAGGCACAACAACAGCCUCGUGUCGCAUCCACCCUUUCCGCCUCUCCUUCGCCAGCCGCUAUGGCGGAUGCGAGUGCGGGUGAUGUGACAGGUGCGCGUGCUGUCGCCGGUACGCCCGGCGUCUGGGAUGGCUCGCAGGAACCUCCGUCUGCCCCGGACCAACCCUCCCCUAAACGCCGCCGUCACGACGCCGGCCGCGAGCUUGAUAUCUCAACCACGGCUCCCAAUGCACCGACCACAUCGCCGAUCCUGGUGGAAUCCUGCUCGGCGUCUCUAUCGCCAGAUCAAACUCAUCAGAACCAGACAAUCCCGCUCGCCACAACCCAAUCCCAUCCGCGGUCCCCCACCUCCCUCCUCCAUUCCCUCCCAAUGGAAAUUCAUCCCCCGCCGCCCCCAAUCUCCACCUCCCCCUUUACCACGCACAUCACCCCAACCCUAUCUAUGCUUACUGAGCGACUCAAGCGUGCAAGGACUUACAAACCCCUCCAUCAAAGCAGAGAAUUGGAGAAAUUGGAGCGAGGGUAUUGGGCACUAAAAAUAUCUAUUCCCGCAGAAGAACAAAACCCAACCCCACUCAAUCCAAAUAAUCAACUCUUGUGGGAGCCGUCGUUCUUCCACCGCUUCUGGUCGUUUCUGUCCGACUUUAUCGGAAGAGACGCCCGAGCGGGCUGGGGCGUAUGGUGUAUCUUAGAGAAAACUGAAGCUGAUACGGAGCACGACACCUUGCCGUCGACCGCAUCAACCACCUCAGAAGAUCCCAUGUCCGCAUAUAUUCCAUCUCAUGUGCCCGAAUCCUUGUCCGUCGUGCUAAAAGUCUACGCUUGGGGCGAAAUUGCCAUGCAUAUCUACCUGCUGCUCUUCCUUGCGAGUGAGCGCCGGAUCCGAGGGAUGGGCGCUGAAUGGCGGGAUUCGAGGGAGGAGAUCGUUAUCCGGAUGCCGUGA